AUGACCAUCAAAAUGAACCUUAAUCGUGGCAUAGAUGCCACUCAUCAGGAGCCAACUCAUGUCAUAUCUAGCACGAAAGUGAAAGCCCCAAUGGCUGCUCUGAAGAUUGACAUGUCAAGGGCCUAUGAUCGGGUUAAUUGGGUUUUUAUUCUCAAAAUUUUGAAAGCUUAUGGUUUUCCUGAUCAGUGGAUUCAAUGGGUGGAGCAGUGCAUUACUACGGUCUCGUACAAGUCUUUGGGAAAGGAGUCUUAUCAUACUCAGUACAAGGAGGUGUGGAAGAUUCUUUGGAGGGUGAAUAUUCCUCCAAAGUGGAGCCUUUUUCUUUGGAAACUUCUUUUGAAUGGGCUUGCAGUCAAAGCCAACCUCCACCAUAGGGGUAUUCCAGUACAGGUGGGGUGUGAUUUCUACGGGGAAGAGGAGGACUUCCAACACCUAUUCAGAGAGUGUGUGGUGGCACAGUAUGUGUGGAACAAUUGCUCUCUUAUUUUCAACUUGAAUCUUGCUGAAUCUACCCCUUUGCGACAAUGGAUUCAGACAUAUAUCCUGCUCUUUUAUAGCGAGGAUGGCAUCCAUAGUGAGAGGAUCACUAAGUUCAUAGUGACCUUGUGGUGCCUUUGGAGAACUAGGAAUGGUCGGGUUUUUCGAGGGAAUGACGGUGAUGGUGAGGUAUGGCAUCAACAUAUGGAUAGGGCGAAGGAGGAUCUUGAUAUUUUCCGUGGACGACAGGGUAGUAACUCCAAUGGCACAAACAAUGUGGAUUUUCAGCCCCGGGACACUGACAAUGCAGGGUUAGGUUGGGACUUUUCUUUAGAUGGCAAUACUUUCCAAGAUGGGGGAGGCAAUUUCUGUAAAGCAGUUUCCGCUCUUCAUGCGGAGGCCCUUGCUUGUUUAAUGGCGAUUAGGUGGGCUACAUUGAAAGGUUUUCCCCAUGUAUUUUUGCUCUCGGAUUCUGCUAAUUUGGUUCAAAGCCUUGAUAAUCCUCAUUCAGCGGUCGUUAGCAUUUGGUGGACUAUCCGGGACAUCCAGCAACUGGCUUCUACGUUAAGAACAUGUGUUGUUUGGAAAGUAGGAAGAGACCAGGUCGGAAUGGCCCAUGAUCUAGCUAAUACUUGUCGAAUUAGUUUUUAUAGUUUUGCUACUUAG